AUGGAGCAUGCAUCAGCUGCCGGCAUGACAACCGUGGUUGUGCCUGAAGAACGCCGGCUGCCAGAAGCAGGGCUGAAUGGCAUGAUACUGCGGUGGGCGUUCAUGGACAAGGCCAUGAUCAGUUUCGGGGCCCUGCAGAUGGCUUGGGCCACCACCGUUGUGCUUGGUGGAUUCUCCACCCUGAUAAAGCAGAAGGAUUUUUGGUUCGUCGCAAUCAUCUCCUUCCGUGAAGCCACGAGGCUCUACGGCAGUGCUGUGGAUCCAGAGGAGUUCAUCAUCAACGCACCGGAGGUUGUGGCAGCAAAGACCGAGGAAAUUGAGGCCAAGGAGCAAGGUAGCUGGCAAAGGCAUCAUCGAACCAACCGGCCGGACCAAGGACCGAACCAAACUGCUGCUCCCCCACCACCAAGACGAGGAGGCCUGCUGGGAUGGUCGUCGUCCCUAACCUCCGGGCGGCGGCGCUUCUGCACCUGCAGCCUCUUCUUCACCAAGACCCUCACCACGGUGUUCAAGUUCGCGCAGUUCGCCGUGGGCAUCACCUCCGUCGUCCUGGCCGUGCUGCGUCUGAGCCGGCAGGACUAUGUGGACGCGGCGGACCAGAGCAGCAGCGACCACAAGAGCAUCAAGGGGUCCCUGAACCUCUUCUACGGCCUGGUGCUGGCGCAGGGCGUCUCCUCCUUCCUCGCCGACACCAUGAUCCCCAUCGACGUCCGGCGGGUCAUGAAGCUCCGCAUGACGUACCAGCUUGGCCAGUCAGGGGUGCUCAUCAUCAAGCGCUACAUGCUCGACACCUACAUGAAAUGUUCCGAUGGCGAGGUCCACCUCGUCGGCGUCCGGGUUCUUGAUCGCGUCCUCAGCAUGGAGAAGUACAGUGGGCUGGCGCUGAUGAGGCUCCGAGCUUCCAUUGACACUGUGGGAAGCGUGGUCAGUAUGCUUGGACUGAAGAACAAGACCAGGGAGGAAGAGAACACCAGAGGGCACGCGGCGAACGUGGUGCUGGAGCUCUCUCCAGACCUCCAAGUGGAGAGCUUCCCAGCAGUGCUGCAGAUGGUGUCUUCACUGCUUACUGCGAAGACAACGGCAGCAUCGACAACGAGCAAUGUCAGCGUCGAGCUUACAUGGCUCGGUGUGAAAAUCGUCAGAAAGAUCAUGGACAAUCCGGACAACUGUAAGGAAGUAGUGAAGGAUGCCGAUGACCAGGUGAUAUCAAGCAUUGUGGACCUUACAGCUGUUAGUGAUUACAACAGCAGCUCAAUCUCGUGGUCUCCAGUAACAGAGGAGAUCAUCGUGGAGGCAGUUCAAGUCCUGCACAGGCUGGUCCGAACUACCGGCGAUGCCGGUAAGGUGCUUAGGUGCAAAAUCUCUGAGAACCUCCAUGUUCUCAGGAACAUUAGAAAGAUCCUGGAACAUCCAAGGAGCCAUACUGAGCUACGCACUGAAGCAAUUGGAGUUCUUGCCUGCUUAGCUUUGGAUGAGACAGGAAAGAAAGAGAUUGGGGGUUCAGCUCGGAUCAUUAGGAAGCUUGUUCCAUCCCUUGUUGUUGAAACUCCAUCCCCAUCCAACAGAGUCAAGCUAGCUAAGUCUGCUGUUGAAGCAUUACUUGUUCUUGCCGUGGACAGCCAAAGGAAUGCCUUGAGGAUCCUUGAAGAACUGAAGAUUGAAGACAUGCAGCAACUUGUUGAUAUGCUUUCUUCUGACUCCACAGAGCUCAGAACUAUGGCUGCAAAACUCUUGGCGGUUCUACGUGUCAAUUCUAUAACAGAACAUGUUCAAUAUAACAGGACAGUCGACAACGCACUACCUCUGCUGCUGAAAGCAAUCAAGCUAGAGGUGGAGAAACUAUAUGCCCUGGUACCUGCUGCUGGAGAACUUCAUGCCCAUGAUGCUAAUUUGGAGGAAUGGAGGACCAAGCAGGGUGCACUACUGGAGAGCUUUGUUGGCCUCAGCGUUCGGGUCUGCACAUUCAUUCAGGCAAGCGAGUUCGGCGAUGCGCUCCGGAAUGCCAACCUCACAGUGGAUUUGCUCAUGCAUGCGCUCAGCAGGAUCCUUGAUAUGUACAUGUCACCAGACACAGAGUACCCAGGUAUAAGGCGGGUAACAGUUGAGCUAAUCAUUUGGAUGCUACGGAGCAACAGACGCUGCAUUGAGUUUUUCUUUCGGCACCAAGUGGACAAGGCAGUGAAAGAAGUCGCAGAAACAGAAGAAAGACUUGAAAUGUUUAACAUGUUCUGCUGCGGCGUUGGCGUCGCUAAGCACAGAGAGCCCAUUUCUUCUCUCGUUGCUUCUGCAGCCUCUGCUCUGCCUCGCAUUGCUAGAAGGCUCCCAGGCGAGGUGUCGGCAGAGAACACAAUACCAAUUGCUUAA